AAAAACGAAGGAAUCAGUGGAAUAAACAGUUUAGACUCAUAAUAGAGUGUUAUAAAUAAAAUAUUCAAUCACAAUUGCAAUUACUGGCGUGAAAGGAAAUUUGAGGAUGGCAGAAACCACAAAAAAAUAUCAUUUUGCGGUGAUUGAGUUUGAGGAAAAGUGCGAAGGGGACGAGCCCAGCUUCGACGUAGUUCCCAAGUCGUGGCUGUUCGAAGAAGAGUCAACGAUUCAGUGUUUCUAUCCGAAGAAGGGAACGAUCCACAAAAUUAGAAAAUGGGCAUCCGAAGAGAAGUCACCAGAGAAAAACUGGGGGAUAUACAGAGUCGCGAGGAUCGUCUGCGAAGCGAAGAAUUGGGAACAGGGUUUACGGCGGCUUAAUAGGACUUUUGAACCUCCAAAAGACUCGACAGACAUCGACAAUACGGAAAGUCAGGCUAUCCACGAGUUGGUCAGAAUUAUCAGCGAAGAAGAUAUGGGUCAAACUCUCCAAGAAAAGCAACCUCUCCCUUUCAUAGGAGACGAAACUUUGCUGAACAAUUUAAUCCUUGAGGACCCAACAAACAUCACGAUCGUGCCGGAGCCAAACAAUAAUACUAAAAUACUGAAAGAUUUCAACGCUGCUUUGGAGGAAAUGGAGGACCGCAUCGUCAAGGUGAUCAAAUCUCAGAAAAGAUCUCUCCAAUACGACAUCGAUAAAAAGGUCGAUGAGUUGAAAUUCAUGCUGUCCGCAUGUGCCAAUCUGGGGACGGUCGACAAUGGCAAUGGCGAAAAUGAUGUGCGAGCUCAACUCGGAGUCACCAUGCCCAUCAAAAUCCUCGAAGAAUUUCAAGCCUUCAACAACGUUUUGGCAGGUUCGGCAGAAAAACGAGAGUCUUUGCUCUGAAUCGAGCUUUACUAGCAAUUUUGGAGAAGGAAGUGCAACUUUGCUACAGCGGAUGCGGUAGGCAAACGAAAAACCAGCCUGGAAAACUUCCCUUCAUAAAAACUGUGGUUUUUAUUUGCAUAAAAGAUGUGUUCCUGUCAAGAUUUGCCAACGAUGUGCCCAGUAUCCAAACGCUGGUUUCGAACGUGAGUCGCUGGCUCGCAGGCGCAGGAGACAGAGAUGGUGGCCGAGCCCUUCGCCUUUCUGUUCCAAGUUUCGAAG